ACCGUUAUUCAACAGGAAUGGCUCGCAUGAACUAGACCUAGCGGCUUGGUUCCCCGGUUUACUGGCAGCGCCUUCACCGACACCGGUAAAGCAAAACCGAAGGAAGAACUCCCCAAGAGGCGGGCACAAACGCUUGCAAAAGAGAGAAAGAGACAGUUACAAUAAACGCUCAGCACAAACAGUCGAAGCGAGCGAGAGAGAGAGAGAGAAAAAAGGAAGGCUUUCCAACACUGUCCGGAGGUGAGCCGAUCCCCAAAACGAUGGCAAUCAACUUCUCGGCCUCGUUCGCGGCCUGCCUGGCGGCCGGGCUGAAGGUGCCGCGCCAGAUCAUGUACUGCAUCUCGCAGGAUACGGCCCCGUACGUGCUGUACAAGGAUUCGCAGGAGGCGGCCGAGCGGGGGGCGGCCGCCGCCGCCGCCGUCCAGUGGGGCAAUGCCGAGGGCCAGGCCAUCUACCAGCAGAACGCGCAGAACCAUCUGCAGGCGCACAUGAACGGGGCGGCGACGCAGCAGCAGCUGGUGGCCGCGGCUGCCGCUGCCGCCGCUCAGCACCACCACCAGCAGCAGCAGCAGCAGCAGCAGCAGCAGCAUCACCAGCAGACAUCCGCCAAUCAUAGUCCGCCGAAUCAGGACAAUAGGCCACAGCAACCGGGUGAACAAGCGAAUGGUCAUCUACACAGCCCGGCCACUAGUCCGUAUCCUGCGAAUAACGGUCCAGACAUUGAGGAAGAUUUGAUCAAGGUACAAAGCAUGCAACAAGCCGUUCAGCACCAGCAGCAGAACGGGCAGCAACAGUUGGUCCAGCAGCAGCAGCAGCAACAGCAAGGUGGCAACAACUCCUCCGGCAAUCAUCCGAACGAUCCGAACCAGCAGGGCAAUCCAUCGGCUCCCGGCUCCGGCGGUGGUGGUGGUGGUGGUGGUGGCGGCGGUGGCAGCGGUGGCGGACCGCCAGGACCGCCCGGGUGCUUCGGGAACGAGGCCGCCUCCCAGGCCGAGCUGAACUACUACGCGCAGCGGCAUCACGCCGCCGGUCCGCAGGGCGCGAUGCUACCGCCGCCCGGCUUCGCGCCACUGCACCACUAUCUCAACCAGAAGGGCGUCCUGCCGGUGGGCAUGCCGGCCGGGCUCGACCAGUCCGGGGCGCUCGAGCAGUACGGCAUGCCGGACCUGCUGCACGGCGGCGCAAACGCACCCGGGAACGCUCCCGGUGCGCCCGGAGCAGCCGGCAACCAGCAGCAGCAGCAGCAGCAGCAGCAGCAGCAGCAGCAGCAACUCCACCACUCACCCACCAACGGUGGUGUCGCUCCGAACGGUAACGCCGGCACUGGCAGCACCACCGGCGGCACUACCGGCGGCCACGCCAAGUCGAGCAAAAACUCCGACCUGCGGCUGUUCAAGUGUUUGACGUGCGGGAAGGACUUCAAGCAGAAGAGCACGCUGCUGCAGCACGAGCGCAUCCACACGGACUCGCGCCCGUACGGCUGCCCCGAGUGCGGCAAGCGCUUCCGCCAGCAGUCCCACCUGACGCAGCACCUGCGGAUACACGCGAACGAGAAGCCGUUCAGCUGCGCGUACUGUCCGCGCAGCUUCCGGCAGCGGGCGAUCCUGAACCAGCACGUCCGCAUUCACUCAGAUGUGUCUCCGCAUUUGAUCUUCAAGAACGGUCCGCAUGCGACGCUCUGGCCCCAGGACGUGCCGUACCCGCCCGAGCUGGAGAACGCCCAGCCGAAGGACGAGCAGGCGUUCGGCGACGAAGCGUCCCAGGGCGGGGGCGAGUCGCGCGGCUGCUUCUCGCCCGACAACUAUCCGGCCUACUUCAAGGACGGCAAGGGCGUGAACCACUCCAUCUUCGGCAACAAUCUGCAGUAUCUGAACAAGGCGACGGGUGGCAAGGCGAUGCUGCCGGAUGUGAUCCAGCACGGCCGGUCGGCCGGUAUGCCGCUGUACGUGCGCUGCCCGAUCUGCCAGAAGGAGUUCAAGCAGAAGAGCACGCUGCUGCAGCACGGCUGCAUUCACAUCGAGUCCCGGCCGUACCCGUGCCCGGAGUGUGGCAAGCGCUUCCGGCAGCAGUCCCACCUGACGCAGCACCUGCGCAUCCACACGAACGAGAAGCCGUUCGGGUGCAUGUACUGUCCGCGGUUCUUCCGGCAGCGCACGAUCCUGAAUCAGCACAUUCGUAUACACACGGGCGAGAAACCGUACCGGUGUGGACAGUGCGGCAAAGACUUCCGGCAGAAGGCCAUCCUCGAUCAGCACACCCGGACACACCAGGUAGGCGAUCGACCGUUCUGCUGCCCGAUGCCAAACUGCAGGCGACGCUUCGGUACCGAGCAGGAGGUGAAGAAACAUAUCGACAACCACAUGAACCCGCACUCGUCGAAAUCGCGCAAGCAGGCCGCUCUAAACAACAACAACAACAACAACAACAAUAAUAACAAUAAUAACAACAAUAAUAACAAUAACAACAACAACAAUGGCAUUAUUGAGCAGAAGGUAUCGCCCACGUUCCUGAUGGACAAGCAGAACCAGCUGAUCCAGCGCAUGGCGGCACCGGUCAAGCACGAGCUGUACUUCCCACAGUGCUACGGCCCACCCUUCAACCAAUCGUUCGUGGCCGGGGCGGCCGCAGUGGCGGCUGCGAAUGCGAACGGGCAGGCGGCAGCGGCUGCCGCGGCCGCUGCGGCGGCGGCCGCCGCCGCUUCGCUGACCGGUAGUGGUCCACCCCAGCAGCAGCCGGGUGGAGCGGGCAAUCAGCAGCCAGUGCCGCCGCCGCCCCAUGCCAACGGGCCGUCCGUGCCGCCACCUCAGGUCUCAGCAGCCGCCGCUGCAGCCGUGGCAGCCGCGAUCGUGGCCGCCCCCGUACCGCAGGCCGUCGUGGCGCAGUGAUAUCCGAGCGAUCCACAGCAUUUGGUUCACCUGCCGCAGCAGCAGCAGCAGCAGCAACAACAUUCAGCACCACCCCCGCCACCACCACCACCGCCACCACCACCACCACCAUCGUUAGCAUCCGGUCCCAUGCAUCACCCGCUAGGUACGAUGGCUAAUGGGCACUAAACCAGCGCCGUUUUGGAGCCUGGCAGCGGAUGGCCGGAUGGUCCAGUAAAUCGUCUCGAUACUAUGGUUUCUGCCACCGAACCCGAACCAUUUUCAACCUAGAUUGCUGGGUUAGCUUUUACAAACCGUGCAGCGAUUGUCAAAUUCGCGAUCGACAAGGAGGAGAGAUUUGUGGGGACAAGGAACAGACGGCCAGCAGGAACGCAGGUGUGCAAGAUCGUAAUCGA